AUGGAAUCAAAAACUCAAGUUCAACAACCAUCAAACCAAGAAAACAACAGCAGUUUAAUUAUGAACGUAACACACGAUGUUCUUCUGAGAAUCCCAGAAUGCAAAGUUCAUCUCAUGGACGAGGGAGAAGCCGUGGAGCUCGGGGCCGGUGACUUCGAGCUCCAACGAAUAACCGAUGGAAACGUGGCUAUCGCCACCGUCGUGAAGGUCGGGGCGGAGCUGCAGUGGCCGCUGACUAAGGACGAGCCGGUGGUGAAGCUGGACGAGAAGCAUUACCUCUUCUCGCUGCCCAUGAACGACGGAAAGCCUCUCAGCUACGGCGUGGCGUUUUCCAGCGGCGGUCUGGAGGAGUUGGACGCGCUUCUGAGGGAGAAUUGCUCGUUCACGGCGUCAAAGAAGAAGAGAGAUGGUGAUAUCGUUUGGAAGGAGUUUGCGCCGGCGGUGGAUAAUUAUAAUAGUUUCUUGGCCAAGGCUAUUGCUGGUGGCACUGGACACGUUGUUAAGGGUAUCUUCAAGUGCAGCAAUGCCUAUUCUAAUAAGGUGCAGAUCAAAGGAGGAGAAACAAUCCCGAUUCGCACAUUCGAGGAGAAGAACAUAGUAGCAGCCAACCAAAUUAAUAGCAAUGGAGAAAACAAAAAGAAAGGCGCUCUGAAUAAAAGCUUGAAACGGGCGAUGGAACUAUCGAAGAUGACAGAGAAAAUGAGCAAAGGUGUGCUUAAUGUAGCUGAGAGUGGUUCCGGUUCAGCGAUGACACCAAUUCUUCAGUCCCGAGUGGGGAAGGCCUUCUUGUCUACGAUGCCAGGAGAGGUUAUCUUGGCUUCCCUUGAUGCAAUUAACAAAAUAACAGAAGCAGCUGAAGCUGCUGAAAAGCAAUCAAUGGUAGCAACCUCAGGUGCAGUUAAAACAGCCGUCACUAAUAAGUUUGGAGAGAGCGCUGGAGAGGCGACAGAGACCGUGUUAGCAACUGCAGGGAGUUGUGUAGGCACUGCUUGGAAUGUAUUCAAGAUAAGACAAGCCAUCAACCCUGCCGGCUCUGUAUCGUCAAGAGGAGUGCUCAAGAAAGCUGCUACUAAUAAAUAUAUGUAA